GCGAAUUUAUUUCAACUUCCUGCACGGUGAAACAAUACAGCCAUUGCAAAAUAAGCAACUCGUGCACAUUCCGUUUAUAUAGCAAACUUUGUUACCUGCUAUAUGCACAAUUUUACCUCACACAUUGUCUGUACGUUUGUGAGGUCGCUUCAGUUCUGCUCUGGCGACUCCCUUUGAUGCGAAGAUUCUCUUUUGGCGUGAGCAGGAUGCUUUGUGCUGCAGCGGCAGAGAGGAAUAAGGAGCCCAUUCUAACCGUACUUCGGGAUUGUGUGGACUCAGACAGACCUCUUCACGCGCUGGAGGUGUCCUCUGGUUCAGGGCAACAUGUCGUUUACUUUGCCCAGUGUCUGCGCAAUAUCACAUGGCAGCCAUCUGACAUUGAUCAACGAUCAAUUGACAGUAUAGAGGCAUACAGAGACCGUGUGAAACUGGAAAACGUUAAACCAGCCAUUCGUCUGGAUGCCUCCAUGUCAUGGGAAUACUGGUGUGGAAUACAACCCGAGUCUCAGCACCUCAUUGUCAACAUCAACAUGAUCCAUAUUUCCCCACUGGCGUGCACAGAGGGCUUAUUCAAAGCUGCUGGAAUAAUCCUGAAACCACAUGGACUGCUUCUGACAUAUGGGCCCUACUCUGUGAAUGGGCUGAUUACCCCAGACAGUAAUGUGGACUUUGAUUUCAGUCUGAAACAGAGGAAUCCAGAGUGGGGACUGAGGGACAUCUCCCUGCUAAGCUCUCUGGCCGAGAAGAAUGGCAUGUUCUUGGAAAAAGUGGUUGACAUGCCGGCAAACAAUAAGUGCCUGCUCUUCCGUAAGGAAAGCUUGGUGUAGAGUCUCAGAUGCCCGGUGUUUCUCCUCACUGAAGCUCCAUCUCUUCAUCUAGGAUACGGCUGUCAUAUCACACCUUUUGUUGUGUACAUUUUUGUCAUCCAGCCAAAAAUGUUUAUUAAAAUAUAGUUAACACACUAGCAGUCAAAAAUAAAUGUUUGCCUGAACACCAUAAAUGAUACAAAUAUACAUAAGUACUCAUUACUUUUAAUACCUUUUAUAUCCCCUUUUAAAUUAUGACAUAUCUCCUUGGCUUGUUUUUGAAAAAGGUCUAGGCAUUCCUGCUACAGUCUUCCUUGCAGUGUUUACAGGAGUCCUGAACACUUGUGGGGUCCAAGUAUUUUGCUUAUGUCCACUAAUUUCAAUUUGGCCACAAAGUUUCUUGAUGGGACUUAAGUCAGGUAACUCAAAUUGUGAGCAAAUGACCUCAGUUCUUUUCUCCUCAGAAUACACACAAGAAGAGCCACCACAGUGACAUGUGGCAGUUUCCUGUUGCCUUGUGCCUCCAGAAUUUUCUUCCCAGACUAAUCUCAGGAAUCCUGCAUCAGACCAAUUGUACAACAAGUCCAAAUAACAAAACUUAGAUAUACUGUACAUUUAUUUUCAUUUUAUUUUAUUUUUUGCUGCUAACAUACAAAGACCAGUUGUAUUAUCAUAUAGACCUAUUUUGGGUUCUCCCUGUCAUCCCUUUGUGGAACCCUACCAUAUUAAGUUUGAAUGCCAUUGUGUCUACACUUAUACCUCACCUUCACGUAUUCAUGAAUAAAUUGCACUUUGCCGUGAUGUAAUAGCUACAAUUUCUGGAAUUAUUUAAAAGACUUGAGGUCAAUGCAAGCACAUACAAACACCCAUAACCCCACAAAUGUCAUUCUGUAUUGGACCAUGUAAAGUCUGGCUAUAUAACUAUGAGACGGAAUAAAAUGAAAGCUGAUCAUGCA